AUGAAAAUUACUUCUCAUCUUUUUCUCUAUUCUUCUUUGUUUCUGUCUAUUUCACUUUCUUUUGUACGCCAUCUUUCUUUCUUCGUUUUCUUUCUUUAUUUAUUUAUUUCUCUCUUUCUUUCUAGCUUUCUUUCAUUCUUUCUUUCUUUCUUUCUUUCUUUCUUUGUUUUCGUCCUUUCUUUCUCUUUGCCUACUUUCUUUAAUAUUCUUUCUUCAAUAUUUAUUAUCUUUCUUCUUUUUUCUUUCUUUCUUUUUCUUUAUUUCUUUCUUUCUUCAUUACGUUUUCAUCCUUCUUCCAUCCUUCCGUCUUUUCUCUUUUUUAUUUUCAUUUUUUCAUUUUUUUCUUUCUUUUUUUCUUUCUUUCUAUUAACUUUCUUUCUUUCUUGUAGUUCAGUUUUUGUUCGUUCUUUCUCUUUUUCUUCUUUCGUUAAUAUUCUUUCUUCAAUAUUGUUUUUUCUUUCUUUCUUCUUUUUCGUUCUUUCUUUUAUUCUUUCUUUCUUCAUUUCGUUUUCGUUUUCAUUCUUCUUCGGUCCUCCCGCCUUCCUUUCUCUUUUAUUUUCGUUUUUCUUUCUUUCUGUCUUUAUUUCUUUCUUUUUGUUUUCGUCAUUUCUUUCCCUUUUUUUCUUUUUUCUUUAA